AUGGCAGAAAGCUGGGCGGCAGGUCCGCUAUCAUGCUCGAUAUGCUUGGAUGUACUGAAGAGCCCUGUGACCCUUCACUGCGGCCACAGCUACUGUAUGGAUUGUGUGAAUGCCUACUGGGACGAAGAGGACCAAAGUGGUGUUUACAGCUGUCCCCAGUGUAGACACACUUUCAAACCAAGACCUGUGCUCAAAAAAAGCACAGUGCUAGCUGACUUGAUGGGGAAAAUGUCGGAACCAGAGAAACCCACACCCCAUGUAAAGGAUGGAGUCGGUCCAGGGGAUGUGGAGUGUGAUUUCUGCACUGUGAGGAAGCUGAAAGCUGUCAAGUCUUGCCUGGUGUGUCUGGCCUCCUACUGUGCCACUCACCUGCAGCCUCACUAUGAGUCUGCUGCUUUCAAAAGACACAAGCUGGUGGAAGUAUAUGCUUCCAUACAAGAGAGGAUCUGCCCUAAGCAUGACAAGCUGCUCGAGGUCUACUGUCGCAGUGAUGGCCAAUGCAUUUGUCUGCUUUGUGUGAUGGAUGACCACAAAGGUCAUGACACUCUCUCGGCUGCAGCAGAGAGGAAAGAGAGACAAAAACAAUUUGGAAAGAAAAAACAAAGAUACCAGCAGGGGAUGCAGGAGAAAGAGAAGCAGCUGCGGGAGCUGAGACAGAAAAUGAAAGCACUGAAGUGUACUGCAGAUGCAGCGGCCAAUCAGAAUGAGAAAGCCUAUGCUGAAAUUGUGCAGAUGGCAGAUAAAAGCCGACGUGCGGUGAAGGAGACAAUCAGUGUUCAAGAGAAGGCUGCGAUGAGCCGAGCUGAGGCACUCAUGAAUCAGCUGGAGAAGGAGAUUUGUGAGCUGAGGAUGGGAGAGGAUAAACUGAAGCAGCUGUCCCACACGGAGGAUCACAUUCAUUUCCUGCAGAGCUGCCAGUCAGUUUUUGACUGUCCAGAACCUGAUGUGUCUUCAGACUUCAACAUCCACCUACACACAUCUUUUGACUUUGUGACAAAGGCCAUUUCUGAUUUAAGAGACAAAAUGGAGAACAUUGCAAAAGCUAUUGCAGAAAUAACAGUGACAAAUGAUCCUGAUCCUAAAACAAGACAAGAGUUCCUUCUGUAUUCCUACCACCUCAGUUUGGAUCCCAACACAGCAUUUGAAAACCUAAUACUUUCUGAGGGAAACAGCAAGAUAACCUGGAUUAAAAGGGCUCAGCGUCAUUCAUACCACCCAGACAGAUUUACAAAAUAUGAUCAAGUUUUGUGCACUGAGGGGUUAUCUGGAGUUUGCUACUGGGAAGUUGAAUGGAGAGGGCCCAGGGUUGAGAUCGCUGUGUGCUACAAAGGGGCAGAGCUGCAGGAAAGUUGCUUUGGAUACACAGAUAAGUCCUGGUGCAUUUCCCUUUCAAAUUCCAUUUGCAGUUUUUGGCACAAUGGAAUCACUGCUAGAAUAUCCGUCCCCUGCUCCUCUACUGUAGGAGUGUAUUUGAACCAUAAGGCCGGGAGCUUGUCCUUCUACAGUGUGUCUGAUUCUGGUCAGAUGAUGCUCCUUCACAGAAUGCAGACCACAUUCUCCAAGCCUCUGUACCCUGGGUUCAUGGUCUCCAGAGGAGCCUCUGUUAGGAUACUCACAACAAAGUAAACAGCCAUUGUAGUUUGUACAGUGUUAAGCAUGUCAAGAUCAGUUGUUAUUACUGGUUAGCUUACCUCAGUUUGGUUACUUGCAGUGAAAUUUCCUGGAGUUGGGGUUUUGUCAGUUCAAAUAAAUGCAUCUGGCAAAAUAUGUAACUAUGUAACUAGUUGCGCUACAAAUAAAUAAUAAGUGCAUUCGGUUCAUGUUAGUUUUUAAAUGUUUUGUCACAAGAAAAACAGAGAGAGAGAGGCAGAGAAAGAGAAACAAUCCCAGUGUAAUAUUGGCACAUUGUACAUUGCAUUUCAGCGCUGUCAUCUCAGAAUCUGUUAUUCAUUAGAUGGUGUAUCAGUGUGCUUUGUUGUUUAACACAUUUUUAUGCCUCUGUGCUCUGGGCCAGAGGUGUUUUUCUUUGGGA